CCUCGCAACUGCUCGCCCUCACUCCCUCCCUCCCUCGUUCAUUGAUCGCUCUGUCCCGUCCUUCCCUUGCUCUCGCAAUCUGCACGCUUAAUUGCCUCAUGGUAAGCCUCCGAUGGGAAGCCAUGACGGAAUCGCUCUCACUCGCUCAUUCAUUCGUGCUCAUAAUUUCUCUCCCUCGCUCGGCAUGUCAGAGUCAUCACAAUCCCGGGUUACGUCCAGCAGCUGCACAGAAUUGGGUUGGCAAUGGGCACUGCGGAGUGUGUCCGGUAACGAAUGCAGUAGAGUCCGAGUUGCGUCCUGAUGCCGACAAGGGGCGAGCAAUUUGAGAGAAGAUUGGGGGCUCGGGGCUGAACGUGAAUGGACUGGACUCUGAUGCAGAUCGGUGAGCUUCCGCAGCAUGAGAAGCGAGCGCGCCGUGGGGUGGGCGUUGGCGGAGGCGGUGGCGAGAGGGAUGAUCACGCGCGAUCAGAUCGUCGUGUGCACCAAAGGCGGCUACCUGACCUUCGAGUGCGACCGACCUGCUUAUAAUCUCAACCCUCAUCAGUGGAUCGACAACACUUACUUCCGGCGUGGAAUCAUCGAGUCGUGGUCGGAUGUGGUCGGAGACUGCCACUGCAUUGCCCCCAAAUUUCUCAAAAAUCAGGUCAGGAUCACGAUUCUUUGCAUGGAAGGAUGAUCUCGUGUGCUCUGCACAAAUUGAUGACGACGACGAUAAUGAUGAUGAUGAUGAUGAUGAUGUUCCAUGUUUUGCUCGCAACCAGGUGGAGAGAAGCAGGAGGAAUUUGGGCCUGGAGACCAUCGAUGUGUAUUACAUCCACAACCCCGAAGAGCAGCUGAACGGUGUGUCCAGAGGAGAAUUCAACGCGCGCAUGGAGGCGGCCUUCAAAGCUCUGGAGGAGGAGACAGCCGCAGGACAUAUCACCUGCUACGGAGUUUCGACAUGGAAAGGGUUCAGGGUUCCUCCGCAGGAUCGUCAGUAUCUUUCUCUGGACGAUCUGGUGACCAUUGCUCGCUCUGUAGGUGGUGCAGAUCAUCACUUUCGGGUGGCUAUGGUUCCUUUCAAUCUGUACAUGCGGGAGACGGCCGAAGUUGCGAACCAAUGGGUAGAAGACGAGCAGAAGACGAUCUAUGCCCACGGGAAAAAGCACUUCGACCUGGAUUCUUUUCUCGGAGCUGCCAAGCAUUACGGCAUUCAAGUGAUCGCUUCUGCAGUUUUGGGUCAGGGAAAGCUUACGGGAUACGUGGGGGAGAUCAUACGAGAUCACAACCUGCCUGUACAGGUCUUGCACUGCAUCGCAGAUCUGGGUGACGGGGCCACGGAUGCUCAAUGUGCGAUGCAAUUCGCGAGGACUACUCCAGGCAUAAUUACAGCUAUGGCGGGAAUGCGCCACCACUUCCACGUCGAUGAAAACGCCGAAGUGAUCAAGAGGAUUGCGACAUAUCAGUAUCAUCCGAAUCUGAAUAUUGACCCCUUCAGUUGGUCAUAUGGUAAUUGACUGCCUUUUGCCGCUCGUGGUUUCCACACCAGCGAGACUGUACGUACCCUGUGAUGAGAAGAUGCGAGCGCUGUAUGUGAUGAUUCGGUCAAUAAAGUGGAACACAACUUUUGGGGCUAGGGAAGUUUGACCAUCCCAUCCGCUGCAGCCAGUGACGCCAUUUGAGUGAUCUGCCUGCCGAGUUCGCAUGGGCAUCCUAUUGUUGAACAAUAAUCAUUCACGUUACUUCCACGUAAGGAUGACGUCUCGCUCGACAGAGGGACCUUUCCACAAUCAUAUUUCCAUUCGGGCGUGUAUCACGACUCUGGCAAACAGAGCCCUAAAGGUACUCAGAAGAAAUUAAACCCACCGUUGUUCCUCACGCCUUCCAAGUAGUGCGAGAAGUACACAUAAGAUGUGGCCAGGUGGCAACAAGACAUUCUGGAUAUGGACAUCAUUGUAAAACAGGCAUGUAAACAACAGGCAAAACAAUCACGACUAUUGCAGCUGAAGCACGGAUCUGGCCGAAAAAAAACCAAAACCAUGUAAAAUUCAGCGUACAUUCCGUGUCGGAAACAACCGCUCUAUUAUUUGCGAGUAGAGGUCCAACGUGCAGGAAUCCCUGGAUAUCUGGCGCUGGCAGUCAGGCAAGAGACAACUUUAAUGAACACUGUGUCUUUAUAACAGAGGAAAACCA